UGGAACCUGCCCGCCGCCGUUCCUGUCGUGGGUCCUGCCCGCCGUUCCCGCCCCCGCCAUGGGCCUGGAGCUCUACCUGGACCUGCUGUCCCAGCCCUGCCGCGCCGUCUACAUCUUCGCCAAGAAGAACCGCAUCCCCUUCGAGCUGCGCACCGUGGACCUGCUCCAAGGCCAGAACCACAGCGAUGACUUUGUCCAGGUGAACCCCCUGAGGAAGGUGCCAGCCCUGAAGGAUGGGGACUUCACCUUGGCUGAGAGUGUGGCCAUCCUGCUGUAUCUGGCCCGCAAGUACGAGGCCCCUGACCACUGGUACCCCCAAGACCUGCAGGCCCGAGCCCGCGUGGAUGAGUACCUGUCGUGGCAGCACACGGCCCUCCGGAUGAGCUGCACCCGGGCCAUGUGGCAGAAGAUGAUGUUCCCUGUGUUCCUGGGCCAACGGGUGCCCCCUGAGACACUGGCAAACACUCUGGCCGAGCUGGACCGGUGCCUGCAGCUGCUUGAGGACAAGUUCCUGAAGGACCAGGACUUCCUGGCCGGGCCCCACAUGUCAGUGGCGGACUUGGUGGCCAUCACAGAGCUGAUGCAUCCCGUCAGUGCCGGCUGUGACAUCUUCAAAAGCCGGCCUAAGCUGGCCGCGUGGCGCCAGCGCGUGGAAGCUGCGGUGGGGGAGGACCUCUUCCGAGAGGCCCACGCGGUCCUCAUGAAGGCCAAGGACCUGCCUCCAGCAGACACUGCCGUGAAGGAGAGGCUGAAGCCCCUAGCGCAACUGUUGUUGUAGUGAGUCCCGGUGAGCCUGCCACGGCACUCUAAGAAAUGGCGCUCCCUCCCCUCAGCUGGGGGCCAAAACACGGCUCCCGCUCAGAGUCCGGGCCACAGUGCUCUCCACUCGCCAGCCCUGCAUGCCUUCCUCUGUCCGUCCGCUAACUUCACCCUUACCCCUUGCACGCUGACUUCCAUGUGAACUCUGGAAAGAGCUCCAGUAAACACAAA